AUGUCAUCAACUACCAUCCUUGCGCCACCAAUCACGGCAGCGUCCUCCACCUCUUCAUCCUCCAAAAUCAAUCGAUUGAGCACCUCUUCGGCCGGUUCCCACGCAUCAUUUUCGUCCAACUGGACACCUUCACGCGAUUCCAUAUACUCGGUAUCAUCGGACGGAUGGUCGACCUCGUUGGUGACUCCUCGAGGCGAGAAGAACUUCGAUGUGGAGAUUUUGAAUGAUGUCGAGGAAGAUAAUGAUGACAAGGUGGAAUAUAUCGAUCUGGCAGGAAAAGAAAGUUGGUGGAAUGCCAUUCCGAAACGUCUAUCACGCCAGGAGAAAGAAAAAUCUGUCGAGGACGACAAAUGGUCAGAUGAUUUGCCCACUUUACCCUCGACUUGUAUCUUACCAGAAAUCGAAAGGACACCUCCGAUCUCGCUUGAUCAACCUAUAUCGGCGCGAAAGUUGGGCGAGCUACCUACGACUCUCAGGCCUGAGAUUUCGGUUGCUAGUCAAUCGGAACCCAAGACGAAUAUAUUCGAUGUGUUUAGUCUGGGCAAUGGAGUUCAGCAUCAAAACGAUCAACACCAUCGGGAUAUGUUCGCUAGCGUACCGAUACGUAGACCAUUCACAAAACGUCGACCACCUAUUCCUUCUUUCUCCACCAAUACCUCUGCCUCCUCUUCUUCUUUACCAUUCAUCCAAACUCGACCGCCCCCAACUCGACCACCUGUACCUCUUAGAGCGUCCUCGCUGAAAUCCCUCUUCGACCAGACAACAGCAAAUAAGCAGAUCGCCCGAUCAUCCUCCCCUACACCUUCCCAUAGACCCAAACCGAUCCGCACAUUCUCACAUCCUCCUUCCACUUCUCUGAAAAAGCACAGACGGAUCUCACCCGUCUUACUUCAGCCCAUAUCAGAAACUCCAAAAGAUCUUGACAUACCUCCAGAAGGAAGUUGGGCCUUACGUCGACCGAAUCGUUCGAAGCCAAUACACAAAUCGAGAUCACAACCUAAUUUACGUAUUCACCACAAUACGUCAGAAGAUAUGACCAUUAAAUUUAGAUUGAAGAGAUCCAAUUCUUCAAAUGGUACUUCUGUAGAUGGUGGAUGUGGAAGUGGAAGUGAUUUUAUGCCAUUGGAUAUAUUCCCUUCGUCGUCCAGAGGAUCAGGCUCCAUGGAUGUAGAUAGGGUUAAGGAUAGGGAAGGUAGAGCGUCAUUCUCGGACAUGGCAAGAUCAUUCGUCUCUCGUCCUUCUUCUAUACCUGUACCUGAAAGUCCAAGUAGGAUGAGUUUGGAUGGUAGACAAUCCCUCAAUCUGGGUAUAGGUAUGUUGAAGAAAAGCCCAAAGUCGAACAACUUUUUCAGUAUGAGGAAGAAUUCCGGCCAAAUGCAUUCACAAAGAAGACCUUCUUUAUUGGGAUUACCAGAAUGGAGUUCUCGACCUAAUUCACGAUCAAUUAGCGAGUCCUACGUUCCUCAAAUAUCGUAUUCAAAGACAUUUGAGGCGUUAACAUUAAGGACCGAAAGUGAUAGUAAAUCACCUCUAAGGUUGAGUAUAGAUGUUAGAAGGAGGAGUGGUGAGGAUUUCUUCAAAUUACACAUGUACAAAUCACACAUGAACACAUCACGUCAUUCAAUCGCAUCUUCCAUUUCUUCCAACACUAAUCACCACCUUGAAGAAGAUUUAUUAGCUGUCAUAGAAGCUGAACAGUGGAAUUGGCCUUCACCGCCUUUCAGAGUCACCAAAGGGGAUGAUACUCCUACUCCUGGAUUAUCGACUUCGGGUACGCUAGAAAGUAUGAUUAGUACCAGUCCACAAACACCUAGUGAAAGUGAAUUUGUGUUACAUGGUGAAAUUGAAUAUUUAGCCAAGUCUAGUAGGGAGAAAGACAAGGACAAAAGAUUCAGACCGCUUAGUCUGGAAGGAAGUGUCGAAAGUUUGGAUAUCACCUUGUAA